ACGUCGGCGGCGGAACUGCGAGCCGGCUGCUCCAAGAUGGCGGCGGCGGGGGAGGAGGCGGCUGGCGCCGCGGCCGGGAGCAGGGGCGGCAGCGCCCGCUGCUGAGGGGCCUCUGUCGGCCUGGGAAGGGGCUGCCAGGGUGGCAGAACUCUGUCUACAGUAUCCACUCCUAGUUUGUCAUCUAGCAGGACCCUACCUGAAGGCCAUCAUGCAGCAGCCUCCACAGACUGUUCCAGCCGGAGCGGCAGCUCCACCUCCUGCAGGCAUCGCUCGGAAUGCGUACUGGAGAAACAGCUCGCUCAGUAAACGAGCAAAUGCCUCAGCUGCCCCGGUGCAGCCUGUGACAGACCCUUUUGCAUUUGGCAGACAAACUCCACAGGGUUCCUCUCUAGAUAAUCCAUCCAAGGGCAAUGCAUUAGUUAUGCCGAGUUCUUCCCCAGCGGUGUUUCCACAGCCAGACGUUCCGCACGCUUCGCCACCGCUGGCGGGGGGCAAUCCCCAUGGACUGCAGACGCCUUUAUCAGCUCCUGUAUCUCAACCAGGAGUAAAUACCAGUAUAUUUUCUAGUGUUCCAGUUCCUUCGCCGUCCCUGGGAUGUGUUAUAAAUAGUGCUACAGAAGUGCAUCCAAAUGCAGAUCUUGGACUCCGUGGGCCUGCAGUACCGUUGCAUUAUAACACAGGAGGAGCAGUGGAAAAUUCUUUCAGUGUGCAUCCUGGAAUGGUGUCUGCAUCAAACAAACCUGGAGGUAGGCAAGAUGUUAGUAGAGAUCCCAGUGAUGUUCCUUCAGGACCCAAUGCAACAGCACUCUUCCCUCCAGCUCCCCAGCAGCCAAUGUCUCAGUGGAGGCCUGUUCAAGGUAACCAACAGUCUCCAGUUCGGAAUUUCGUGCCCUGUCCUGAGCCGUCUUCUCAGGCUGCUGUUCGGAACAUUUCUCAUUCUUCUGUCAGCACUUCUCAUCCUCCUCCACAGAUGAAUUUACAGCAGGGUCCUGUACACCAAGGUGUUCCACAAAAUAUGCAAGCACCUUUAUCCAUUGGUUGUGAAAAGAAUGGGAAAAAUGUCUCUGCAAAUAGCAGUCAUCACAUGAACAGCAUCCAGCCUGGGAAUGUGUUUAGGCAGAACACAGAAAUGGCUAACGCUUGGUUAAGUCAACCAUACCAGGAACAGUUUUACCCACAGCCACCUUUGCAAGAUUCCAGUUUUGUCAUUCCCACAGCUCAGGAAAAUAACCCUCAAAACCAGUCUCUGGAUAGGUCUGAAACAUCAAACAGACCUGUUCCUACAGAUGGAGAUUCAGGAACUCUGUCCAUGUUUUUCAAAGGGGAUGAGGCAGAAAAUGAAGAAAUACUUUCAUCUGAAAAAAAUUACGUAGUUGAGAAAACAGAGUUUGAUGCUGGUCAGCCAAAUUCAGCAUCCUUGUAUCACCAGGCACCUCAUCCUCAGUGGGCUGCAGCUAACGUUCUCUCUCAGGCACAGAUGGGGACAGGUUCAGGCAAUGAGAUGGUACAGAAAGGAAUGGAUGUCCAGUACUUCCCAAAAAUUGUAAGUCAUCAGGAGACACAGGGACGUAUAGGUGACACGUCUGGGAAUGGGGGGUCACAGUAUGAAAAUGUUGAGAAUCUGGAGUGCAUUCAGAAUCAAGAAGUGCUGCCAAAUGAACCACAGAACAUCAGUGCUUCAUCCCCAGCUGCUGGUCCUGAUCUGUACAGGUAUGGAUCAUUUCCAGGUCAAAUGCUUCCAAAAAAUGCUGUCAUGAGCCAUGUUGAAGGAGGACCAAAUUUGGAGGCGCCUGAUUCAUUACCUCAUCCUGUCCGACCAGACAGUGUAUCUUCAAACUAUAGCAACAUUAGCCACAGGAGUGCUUCUAGCUCAGCAAGACCUCAGGAGCAAGUUGGUACAUUUAUUCAGCAAGAAAGUGGGAAGCCUGAUGAGGAAUCUUCUGCUAGCUUCUUCAAACAGAUUGACUCUUCUCCUUUGGGAGGUGAUUCGAGUGAGCUCAACCUGAGCAAGAACUACCAUGGUAAUCUAUCCCAGCCUCCAACUCCAAGCCCUCCUAAGCCUACAGGAGUAUUUCAGACAAGUGCAAAUAGCUCUUUUGAACCUGUGAGGUCCCAUGGAGUUGGUAUAAAACCUGCAGAGAUUGACCAAGCAAAAAUGGUAGUUGAAUUAAGAGAGAACCACUCAAACCAAAAGAGUAUCAAGAAGAGUACAGCUGUGCCGACUGUGUCCCCAGGUAAUCUUGAACAGCCACCAGAUAAUCUGGAAACUAUUUUCAUGCCUCAGGUACACCCACUGCCUCUUGCAGUCACUGGUGAAGCUGGAAAUAUGUUGCACUCUGGACCUGUUGUGGAAAACAUACAGUCAUUAUCUGAGAGAAGGUCCUCAACAAGAGCUCAGGGAGCAGUUAAGAAGUGUGAUAGCCCAGCAACAACUUUGUGGGCUCAUAAUGAGUUACCUAAUUUUGGGGGAAAUGUUCUUCUAGCUCCUGCUGCUCCUGCAGUGUAUGUUCCCGCCAAGCAAACUGUAGAAGUCAUUCAGCCACCAGAAGAAGGCCUGUCUAAUCAGCAGCCAAGUAAACCAGGGACUAUUGGCAUGCAGCUUUCCCAAGAAGGAAAUAUAGCUUCUGAAAAUCUUGAGAACCCUCCCAAAAUGGGAGAAGAGGAGGCACUUCAGUCUCAGGCAAGUUCUGGUUAUGCAAGUUUGUUGUCUUCUCCACCUACAGAGUCUUUGCAAAAUCAGCCUAUCCUGAUUGCUCAGCCUAAUCAAAGCUAUAACUUGGCUCAGCCAAUUAAUUUCUCUAUUUCUCUAUCUAAUCAGCUAAACAGCAAUGAAAACAAUCAGCCAAUGAAGGACUCUGGGGUUGGGGACAAGCCUGCAAUGGGUCCCCAGACUUCACACGCUGGUGGGAUCGUUUCUGGGGAAAACGUGCCAUUGCCUGUGAUGCAAGUUGGAUCUCUAUUAGUUAAUACACUUCCAAAUACUAAUCUGUUAAAACACAGUUUAUUACAAAGCCCUGUUAAUUCUUCUGAUACUGCUUCUAAUCAGCCUGCAAACUUGCUUAUGAAAACUCCACUUAAUUUAGCCACAGAAGGGCAAAAGAAUAUUAAUACGGAAGGUUUUGUUCCUGAAUUUGCUAGCAAGCCAGGAUCUAAUUCAUCCGUUUCUCCUGGAACCAGUCUCCCCAGUGGAAGUGCAAGUGCUGUAGUUCCCCCUGUGAAUUCUGUAGUACAGGCUAAUAAUUCUGCACAUCAUUCAAGUAGCAAAGAAGAAGCUGCUGGAGUGCUUGACUUCACAGUGUCACGGACGUUGGAGAAAAGCAGCGCGAAUAAUUCUGUACAGGUGCACAAUCAGUCACUUGCUGUUGGUCCAGUGUAUCCUCAACAGCCAGCUGGUAGUGCUGGUCAGGUGGGUCCUGAGAUGCAUGACAAACAGCAUUUCUAUCAACAGGUGACAAAAGAUGCACAGCAUCAGGCUAUAUCAGACAGAGCUGUACAGGGAGUGUUGUCAUCUCAGCCACAAACACAAGCAGCUCAGAUGCAGCAACCCACAUCUUCUGGGCAGUCCUCGCUUCCUUCAAACUACCACAUUGCCACAGGGACUAAAGCCAUGCAGGCAUCGCAGCAGGGCGAGAACCAGGUACUGAGUAACCAUCCUCAGCCUGUGGGUCCUCAAGAGGCAGCUUCAGCACAGAUGGCACCGAGGUACGAUCAGACGAGUCCUGAUAACCACCCAGUGCCCGGGCAGCCAGCAGCUGCUCCGGCUUCCACAGCCCCUUCCACCACCACCACCACCACUCAGUCAGUGAUGCCGAAUGCACAGCAAGACCCACAGCGUCCAGCCCCGCCUCAGACACCUCAGGAUGCCUUUGGUCCACCCCAGAACCCUUACUACUACUACAGACAUCCUUAUGAUGCUUACCAGCCUUCAUACCCACCGCUGUAUCCUCCUGCAGACCCCAGAACAGCAGCUCAUCUUUAUUAUAUGGAUGAUAACUACGGGCAGUACGACCCACGGUACAGACACUAUGAGAGCACCAGCAACACUUACAUGGAGCCUGGGAGCUAUCGGUAUUCCGAGCCUGAACGGCCCAGUUCCAGAGCUAGUCACUGCUCUGACAGGCCACCUUCCAGGCAAGCGUAUACUGAAGAUUAUUAUACAAAAAGUGGAUGGAGUGAUUACUACCCAGGCUACUACCCAAACUCGUAUGAUUAUGGAGAUCCAGGUCGCUGGGAACGUUACUCAUCAGCGUAUGACCCCAGGUACAGAGAUCCUCGAGGUUACGAUCAGAGAUACUGGUAUGAUGCUGAACACAACCCUUACCAGAAGAGAGAAGCAUAUCCAUAUGGCAGCAGGCAUGACCGAUAUGAAGAGAACUGGAGAUAUGACCCUCGUUUCACUGGGAGUUUUGAUGAUGAAUCUGAACCCCACAGAGAUCCUUAUGGUGAUGAAUUCGAUAGGCGCAGUGUCCACAGUGAGCAUUCUGGUCACAGUCUGCGGAGCUCCCGCAGCAUCCACAGCCGUCAGAGUAGUUUCAGCUCUCGUUCUCAACAAAGCCAGCUGUAUAGGAGCAAUCACGAUCUAACAGCUAACGCGUAUGAAUCUGCCGCGCAGGCGGUGUCCCUGCACACAGAGUACCCCUACGGAGGAUAUGCUGCCCCCUUCGAUGGACAACAGCCCUUUGCAGACUAUGGCUACCCCGCUGAAACUGGAUGGUCAGCUGUAGAGCAAGUACCUUUAAGGCCCUCAACACCUGAGAAAUUUUCAGUGCCUCAUAUCUGUGCCAGGUUUGGUCCUGGGGGCUUCUUAAUAAAAGUGUUGCCAAACCUGCCUUCAGAAGGACAGCCAGCUCUGGUUGAAAUACACAGUAUGGAGACCAUGUUACAACAUUCUCCAGAGCAAGAAGAGAUGAGAGCAUUUCCUGGUCCUCUUGCUAAGGAUGACACCCAUAAAGUGGAUGUUAUUAAUUUUGCACAAAAUAAAGCUACACAGUGCUUUAAGAAUGAAAAUUUAAUUGAUAAAGAAUCUGCAAGUCUUCUAUGGGACUUCAUUGUACUGCUGUGCAGGCAGAAUGGGACUGUUGUGGGAACAGACCUGGCUGAACUUUUGCUCCGAGAUCAUAAAACAGUGUGGCUUCCUGGGAAGUCCCCUAAUGAGGCAAAUCUGAUUGAUUUCACUAACGAGGCUUUGGAACAAGUAGAAGAGGAAUCUGGUGAAGCCCAGCUCUCAUUUCUCACUGAUAGUCUUAGAACCACAGUUGACAGUCUUGACAAGGAGACAGAGAGAUUCAGAGAGCUGCUGCUUUAUGGCCGCAAGAAGGAUGCUUUGGAGUCUGCCAUGAAGCAUGGUUUAUGGGGUCAUGCUCUGCUACUUGCUAGCAAAAUGGACAGCAGAACACACGCAAGAGUUAUGACCAGAUUUGCCAACAGUCUCCCAAUUAAUGACCCUCUGCAGACUGUUUACCAGCUCAUGUCUGGAAGGAUGCCAGCUGCAUCCACGUGCUGUGGAGAUGAGAAAUGGGGAGACUGGAGGCCUCAUCUAGCAAUGGUGUUAUCCAACUUGACGAAUAACGUGGACUUGGAAUCCAGGACCAUUGCUACCAUGGGAGACACUCUUGCUUCUAAAGGACUGCUGGAUGCUGCUCAUUUUUGUUACCUUAUGGCCCAAGUUGGUUUUGGAGUUUACACAAGGAAGACAACAAAGCUUGUCCUAAUUGGAUCAAAUCACAGCUUGCCAUUUUGUAAGUUUGCCACCAAUGAAGCCAUUCAAAGAACAGAAGCCUAUGAAUAUGCACAGUCACUAGGAACUCAGCCUGGCUGCUUGCCCAAUUUCCAGGUUUUCAAAUUCAUCUAUGCUUGUCGACUGGCUGAAAUGGGACUUGCUGCUCAGGCUUUUCAUUAUUGUGAAGUGAUUUCCAGAACUGUCCUUAAAGAUCCACAUUACUAUUCACCUGUACUUAUUGGCCAGCUAAUCCAGAUAUCAUCACAGCUGCGCCUGUUUGACCCACAGAUCAAAGAAAAACCAGAGCAGGAGUCUUUUAUUGAACCAACAUGGUUAGUAAGGCUUCGACAUGUGGAUGGACAGAUCAAGGAGGGUUCAAUAGCUUAUAACACAGACAGAUCCACCCCACCACCAUAUGCAUGUAGUACACCAAGCUCUGAACUAGACCGUGCUAGUGAUGGAGCAGGAGUUGGCCGUGACAUGGCUCCAGGUGCUGAAAAUGCAUUGUUAGCAUCCUUGUUACCCAGCAUGCCUCAGCAGAUGCAAAGUGUGCAGCUGAUGCCUUCAGUACCUCAGACUGUCCUUGAUGGGUCUGCUGCCAUGAUUCCUCCUGGAGACCAGGAACCUGUCCAGAGUGUCCCUUUCUAUCCAGUGGCUUCUCAGCCUAUUGGUCCAGGCCCUGGCUUUGCACCUCCAGGAUUUUCAAAUCCAUAUGGAACUGAACCAUCACCACUGUAUUUGGGGUCAGCACUACCACCUGGAGGCCCACCACAAGAGACUGAGCCACGGUCAGAAGAGCAGACAAAUCUGGAAACAGGAAUGCAGAGAAUUGCCCCAGAGUCUCCUUCACAAAACUCUUUCCCUGAGCAGAGAGAGGAGGAUUUCUAUGGCAGAAUGGCUAGCAUGGCACCAGGACGAAGAUCCAGAUCUGCGUCUCAGUCUUCAGCACAUAUGGGCUAUGGCCAAAGAUCCCGAACAACUUCAGAGUCCUCUGCACAUUCUGUGGGACGAGAGAGAUCCAACUCAGCAGCAAAACAGCCCUCUCCUUCUCCCUCUGUUCCUGUAGGGAAAGACACUAAAAAAGAAGCAAAAAAGGAGGCAGCACCUAGAAAGACGGGUGCAAACUGGUUUCGGUGGCUGAUGGGGAAAGGAAAGAAUGAAGCUCACCUUCCAGAUGACAAGAACAAAUCAAUUGUUUGGGAUGAACAGAAACAACGCUGGGUUAAUCUGGAUGAACCAGAAGAAGAGAGUAAGCCUCCACCACCACCUCCAACAGCAUUUCCUAAAGCUCCUCAAAAUAAUCCACCUGGACCUGGAGGCCCACCUAGUGCCCCUGUCAACAUGUUCUCCAGAAGAGCAGCUGGAAGCAGAGCCCGUUAUGUUGAUGUCCUGAAUCCAGGUGGAACCAAGUCCAGUGGUGCUCUUCCUGCACCAUCAGACCUGUUUGCCCCCUUGGCCCCAAUGCCAAUUCCUGCAAACGUAUUUGUUCCAAACUCAGUUCCAGGGGAGCCCCAGCCACUGGAAGGAACUGGUGCAGCAGAGCACACACCAGCUGCAAACCAAACCAACACAGAUCCUGCUGCAGCUGUUGAACCAGAGUAUUUAAACCCUGCAAACCUUCCUCCUGGGUCUGGACUUCCCGCUUCUAAUCCUGAGGGCUCCCAGUCAGGCGAGCUUUCGCGCUCUAGUUCAAUGAGUUCAUUAUCACGUGAAGUAAGCCAGCAUUUUAAUCAGCCUGCUGCUGUACCACCUUCAGGAGGACCUCCAGCAGGAGCAGUACCCUUCUACAAUCCUUCACAGUUUGCACAAUCUCCUGCAGUCACUGGAAGUUCAAGACUGGGAAGAAUUGGACAGAGGAAGUACCCAACGUUGAAGUAGAACGCAGUGGUUUUGUGUUUGGAGUUCUCACGUUCUGCGUGUACGAAGAACUCUUCAACCUUAUGGCACAUGGUAUCACUACGGGCUGCAGUUGACAGACAUUUAAUGAUGGGUGAUUUGUUUUUAUGGGUCUCUCUACUUUGCACCUCAUCUACGCAAAUCAUUACCAAACAUGAACUGUAUGUAACUUUUCCUUUUAAAAAACCUGGCUAGAAAUAGCUUUGCUGUGGUAAAGGAUAGAAAGGAGGGAGGGAGGAGAUAGUUGCUGUCUGUUACAAACUAUUUGUGAAUUGCAUAAGCAAUUUAUUCCUUAAGUUUAUUUUAAACCUACUAGUGUGACCUUCCAAGACAUAGUUUCAGGGAUUCCUUACUUUCUGAAGGAUGCUCCUGUCCCAGUGGGGGAAAAAACACAUCCACAUUGUAACAUAAUGCUCUGUGGCCUUAAGAGGACCAUACACAAUUGUAAUGCUUAUCACAGAGGACUUGGUUUGUCAGUGUGUGGAAUCAGAGAUAUUCAUCUGAGAAAUGCCUCAUGCCAGUUUGGUUUUUAAGGGGGGAGGGGGCCACAGCUCAUCCAAAUAAAUCGACCUGUAUUGAAUGAAAACUGUGACUGUAAUCUAAUCCUAAUUUCAUUUGGAUCUUACCUAGUAUGUAUGUAGUUUGUGGUCUAGACUACUUGUAAAGCAAAUUGUAUAGUCUGAAAGGAGCUCUCUGUAUAAUAGCCAAUGCUGUACCAUUUGACGAGUGAGUGUUCUUUUAAGUGCAAUACGGUUACUUGCUUUCUCUCAAACUGCUGGCACUGUCCAAUUAAGGUGAUAACAGCUUGAAAGUUGUUUAAUGUUUUUCCUGUUGAGUGCCAGAAUCAGUGUAAUACUCUGUUCUUGAAUUUCCAGUACUAAAAUAGCCAAGGUCUUAAAUAGCUAACAGCUGAAUUUCAAACAUAAUGAAAGUAGAUGGAUUAGACCUCUACUGAUGGACUUCAAAAUCCUUAUGUUUAUUAUAGGAAAUCUUGAAAACCAUGAUAUGCAACAUUCAUAUUCUUUGAAGAAUCUGAAUUAUCUGCAAAGAGAGAAAUAAACUUUUAAAUAUUUAUUAAAUCAUUAGGCCAUAUUUUAUUUAGAACUGACACCAAACUACUUGAUUUUACUUGAAUUUCUGCCCAUGAGUAGAAAUAAUGUGAAUGUGAAAUCAGCAGUGUUGGUCCCUGAUUGGGUUUCUUGUUUUGUUUCUUUUCCUGGGUUAUGCCACCUUCCUGAGAUCUCCAUAGCCUUACAUACGUGCUAAAAGGUUUGUAUGUAGCUGAAGCGAAAAUGCUGUUGUUGGGGGAUUGGAAACCUUUGCAUAAUGGUCCAUACUCGAUUCCAGACAUGGUCAGCAGCAGCAGUCAGUGUAGUUUACUUUUCUAUGACUGAAACCUUGGUCAGACACUUGGCUUUCCUCUAGUUCAGCCAGGCUGCUGAUUAUUUUUUCCUAUCAGUAGAGACUGCCAAACAGCUGAAGUGCAGAAGGCUUCCUCUGAGCUGGGAGCAGCUGUCUUUCCUAAGUGUAAGAUUUGACACUGUAAAUUCUUAAAUAAAAUAUUUUGCGCUCUGGAGCACUUUCACA